AUGUCUAUUUGGAUUUCUUUAAAACAAAAGUUUUAACAACUUAGAAUGAGAAAUUAGAUUUUCUUAAUUAAAAUUUUUGUGCUGCUUAUUAGUUUUUUCCUUAUUGGAUGUUGUUUUAUAGUUCAAAGAAACAUAAUGAUUGAAAUUUAUGAAGAUUCCUCAAAGAUUGUAUUACAAAAUUAAGAUAGAAAAUCUCUUGAACUUUUAUUACCAUAACUUAACUAUUAUAUUGUUUCAAAAUAACAAUCAAGUAUCAAUUUAUUAUUUAUUAUAUCAAGGAAUAUAGCUUUUAUCUAGUUUGUCCACUUUUUACAAAUAAGUUGAUAACUAUACAAUAUCAUCAAAUUUUAAAAAUUCUUUGGCAUGUUAACCUAUUGAUAAAAUAAGUUAUUUAUUUAAAAUCCCAUAACCUUGCUAUACUUGCUUUCUUUGUGAUGGAGGUAACAUCAUACCUAAACAAGUUUAAUAUCAAGAUCUAGAAAAAUUAGAAAGAAUGCUUACUGAAUUUAUAUUUUCUUUCAAUACUCUAUAAAAGAAUAGGAUAUUCUAUGUAGCAACAGGAAAUAUAUCAUUUGGAUAUAUGUAUCCUUAAAUAAUUUAUAAUUGGUCUUUUUAACCUGCAAAAGUUAAUUGGUAUACUAAUCAUAUGAAAUUAAGAGAGUAGAAUCCUAAUUAGAAGUAUUUCUUCUCUUUACUUUAUUUUUCUGGAACAGCACAAAUAUAUAAAUAGACAAUAACUUAUUCUUUAGAAAAUGGAAUAAAUAAUCAAUUAGAUGGAGUUGCUGGAACAGAUAUGGAUGCAGAAGACUGGAAUAUGAAAUCAAUUAAAGCUAAUACUUAUUUGCUUAAUUAAUAUGGAGAAAUUCUUUAUAGAAAUGUUGAUUUAAAUCUAACGGUAAAAGAACUCAACUUUAUAUAUGAUGAAAAUAAAACAGGUUUUAAUUAAACAGAUUGGAUAUAAAUUUAAAACCUAGCAAAAAGAGAUAAAUUUGUUUCAAAUUGUUAUAUGCAAGAAAUUAAGAUUCUAUGUAGAUAUAAUUCAAUAUAUAAUGAACCAAUUAAAAUAGUAGCCAAGAUAAUUCCUGGCAAUUUUACAUUAAUGAUGUAAAAAUAUUACUAUAUAUAUAUUUAGGUUUACUAAUUCAAGCUUUGAGGCUAAUUUAUAGAAAUCAUUUUUAAUUAUGGAACAACAUAUAUAUGAAUAACUAAAAUUUAGUUUUAAUACUCAGAUUUUAAUAUCUUUUGUGAUUAUUUCUAUUUCAAUGAUCAUAGUAAUACUAAUGUUUCUACCCAUACUUAAAGUUAUGUUAUUGGCCAAAUUAUAUAUAAAAAAAAUGGGUAAUAAUUUAAAUAAGGAAAUCUUUAAAAUAGCAUAAAAAGCAAUAAAAAGCAAAGGCUUAUUUAGUUAAUUGCAAAUAAAAAUAAUUAAUUUUGGAGAUAUUAUCUAAAAAAGUUAAUAAUCAAAAAGUGAGUUGUGUAAAACAUUUGAAGAAAUAUAAUACUAAUAAAAAUUCUAUUAUAGAGAAUAAAGUGAAUUUUUAUAAUAAAUUAAUCUUGAAACCUUAUAAGAUGAUACAAAAUAAAAUAUAUCUGAGAAAGCAAUCAUUUAAUUAGUAACUAGUUUAUUUUAAUAAACAAAUUAAAUUCAUCAUUCUUUAAAAUGA